AUGGCCCAAUCGCCUGCUGAGUUCAAGUUGGUGGUUUUGGUGUUCGUCUGCGUGUGUCUUCAGUUACUUCGGGACGACGUUACCGCGCAAGAAACCGAGGGCGAUUGCGAAAUAUGGAUUGAUCCACCGGUUGGGAUACCUGAAGCAUAUCCAAUCGGGCUUGGCCAGAAGGUCACCUGCGGGAUCAACGACACCCUACCAACUUCCUGUCCGGAUGAGGAAGGCUGUCAACAGGAGUGCCUGGCGCUUCUGGACACCUUGCCGCGCUGCUUGUGUGACGAGAUCUGUGAUGUUUAUGGCGACUGCUGUCACGACAGUCCCCGCAAUGUCUGCUACGAGGCCUGGCCUCCCACUCCAGCCGGGGAUUCAUUCUCCUGGCCCGACAUCACCUCGGCACGCCACACUGACGAACAGUGCAUCCGGACCUGGAUCUCCAAUCUUAACAACGAGGGAGUCAUCCCAUCGAGGCCCGAGUACGGCGGACACUGGCUGGAAGCAGGCUGUCCGUCCGGUUACAAGAACAAGGAGAUUGUGUCCAAGUGCGACUCGGAACAGGAGACUCUAAUCGGCAACCUGACUUUAAAUGACACCGAGACGUUGGUCCAUUCCAUACCGGUGACAGGCAGGUUGGGUGAGGAGUGGAGACACUACAAGAACAUCUACUGUGCCUUCUGCCGGGGAGUCAAACUCCAAGAUAUGCAUCCUUGGAAUCUCGGCAAAAUCAAGUGCACGGAGAGCGUUUUUACCCCUCCGUCAACGGUUGAGGAUGUCGACUGCGAGAAGUUCGCCUACCGGUUCUCCCCGUCACGUCCAGCGGUCGAAGCUGGUGACGCACCCUUUCAGCAAGCCAGAAUCUGCAAGCCAGAUGUGGUCGAGGACUGCCCGGAUUUACUUGGCAAUGUUUCCGGAUCGUGGGCGGCUGUUUAUUGCAAGAGCUACACGGCUCUGAUUCAGUUGGACAAAGAGUGGUACAAAAACCCACACUGUGUCAUCUGCAACGGCAUCACUCUACAAAGUGACUGCUUCAACCCGAGAGCCAUCCCAGGGAGUGGCGACACCCCGCUCUCAAUCCCUUUCGACUUUCUCCCGCUUGCAGAUGAUGCUAUCGACUCGGUUGCACUGGACCUGGAGUGCCCGUAUGGCUUCAACUACUCGUUCAACGCCCAAGAGUGCAUUCCAGCAGGUGAGAUGAGUGGUGUGUACUGCAACAAACUCUACCCUGUUGUACAAGCGAUUGCCAUUGUCUCAGUUGAUGAAAAGACUGCACUAAACUCCUGGGUGGAAAUCUUUGUAUCGCUGUUCGAAGAAGCCCUACAUCUCGACAACCACACUGCCUUCACCAACCUCAAUCUCGUGACUUACGGAGUUGAAGCAUCGGCACCCACUCCCAAUCAAGAAACCCCCGAGACAAUGUGGUCUUUGUCCUUCGAUGUGUCCAACACCAGUACGACCUGGGAACAAUUCAACAACCUCACUGGCCAGAUGACAUCGUUGAAGUUUACUCUUGCCAGUCACGCCCCAUCGGUAGAACUCCUAAGCGUGAAGCUGACACAAUCCUGCACCGAAGAUGUUUCUCUUGACCGCUGCGAGGAGAUGACCUUUGACCCAGACCUCGUGACCGUCUACGUCUUCGAAGGCGUCAAGUACAUCUACCCCAGCGAGGACAAGCCUUUGUUGUACCGUACAGACACCGUCUUCGAUCGCGUGGAGUAUGCACUUCAGAGUUCCUCGCCGAACGUCGAGAGCGUCCAUCGAGAGAUCGUCAUCUGCAACGCCACUCAAGACCUUCUGUGUUAUCACAUCACUCUCGGCCAAUCUGAGUACCUGAUAGAAGACGGUGUGAUGAAGUUCAACAUCGAGGGAAGGUACUUAGAGUCAUCUGAGUACCUACUCCUCCCGAACAACAGCGCUAAAGUCUGUCAGUAUGCCUUCCAAGACCCUUGGUUCGACUACUCACUCCCUCAGUACGUCCUCAACGUGGUGGGCACUUCGCUGUCCUCGCUGGCGCUUCUCCUGACCUUCGUGACCUACUGCGCGUUCUCGAGUCUACGCACUGUACCCGGGCUGGCAACUAUGCAUUUCGUGGUGGCGCUGUUCACAGGGGAGAUCUUGCUGUUGGUUGGAGGCUCCGCGCUUCGCGACUCCCCUGGAGUCUGUACCUUCAUGGCGGUGGUGUCCCAUUACAUCUGGCUGGCCUGCUUCUUCUGGAUGACAGCCCUAGGCUUUGACGUCAGCCGCACAUUCUCCAUGACAACCGGGCCGAGGUUGGUCGAGAAGGGUGGUCACGCCCUCACGUGGAUGUGCGUCUUCAGCUGGGGCGCGCCGGCCUUCAUCGUCAUCAUCUGCCUCCCACUUCACUUCGUCUACUCCUUCCCUUCCGAGGGAGCCAUCGACUUCAACUACGGUCUGGGCGGGGUGUGCUGGAUACGCCCAGAGCUGGCCAACCUCAUAGCCUUCGGGUUGCCGGUGGUGGCGUCCUUGGUAGUGAACGCCGCCCUCUUUGGCAAGACCGUCAUCGGCCUGCGGGCCUCCAAGAAAAUCACAAGCUUUAUCGAGAAGGAUAAGUCGGCUAUGAAGAGAGCGAGUGAUGAAUUCUUCAUCUACUUAAAGGUGUCUGUUCUGAUGGGACUCACCUGGAUUUGGUUCUUCAUCGCCGCGUUCACGGGAGAGACCGCCAUUUACUACGUCGCCAUCACCCUGAACGCGUUCCACGGCUGUUUCGUGUUCAUGGCCUUCGUCUGCAACCGGCGUGUGUGGAGCAUGUGGCGUCGCAAGUUGGGCGGGAAACGCUCCGCGGGUACCAGCAGCCGCAGUGGUACAAUGUCGACCGGCAAGUCCGGGACCAGCGCAGGAGCGGCCAUGACGAAAUCCUCGUCGGUGGUGACGUCAGAGAGUCCGGUAUCGGGCAGCCCGGUGAUGCCUGAGCGAAUGGGAUUGAAUGGAACCCGUCUGUAGAGAGACGGGGAUAAGACCAUGGACUGUACCAUAACUUGCUCCCAAUGGGCGGACUUUUGAUGACGACAUAAACAGAAAAAUAACAUCAUUUUUGGACGGUUUUAAGACGGUUCAGACGUCGGAACUGUGAAGUUAUUAUUUUGACCCCCUGGCAUAAAAAGAUGCAUACACUGCUGGUCCAUUCGAUUGUGGUCCAGUCAAAGCCACUCCCACUAAAAAUAAGUUAAAGAAGAGUCAUAUCACUAAAACUAUAAUAUUUUAUUUUGGCAUAUCAUAGACCCUUGCUGUGCAAGGGAUUAUUCAAUAGACCAUAUAUAUGGGAUUAUCGGAUAUCGGAAUGUAGUCUAUAUGUACGUGGUCUAUGAUGAGCAGAUUCGCUCAUUAAUUAGGCAAGAAGACCGCUCUUGACCUCUAGAUUUUUACCAAUCAGUGGGCGCUUUCUAUAUCGGGUCUUCGGUCAUGCACCCGUUGCGCGUUAUAGACAAUGACAAAGAAAACCCUGUGUCACACGCUCUGUAUCAUGUCAUGCGCUAUGCGCCCGUCUGUUGUUGUAUUGCAAAACACUUCAUUCAAAUUAUACCAAUCAAACCAUUUAGUCCUGAUUUGGGAAUGAAAUGACGUCACGAUUUAGUAAAGAAGGCUCCGAUUGGCUGGCGUGCGGCUUGCACAUUAUCUGCAUGUCUAGACAUAAUCAGACGUGAUACUCAGACUAUUAAAUCGGAAUGUGCAAAACUUCAAAAUCAGAGUUCAUUUCGCAUUCGUCUUUCAAAUCAAAGCUUGAUCAAUUGCAUGCCAUAACGCCUGAUUUGAUGUUGGUGGAUAAUAUAAUAUAUUCCGUACGUGUACACUUUGUUUAAUUCACAGAGUCCUUAGAAAAAAAAUAUUGUUUCAAAUGUAUAAUUUACAAUUGGAAUAAUUUGCUUCUGUGUAUAAUUAUUGUUUAUUCUAAAGUAGUAAAUCUACAAAAAUAAUGAGAUUAUUCGUAUCAGUAUAUAUUCUUGCAUUGGUGUUAACUAAAUUGUACGUGUAGGUCCAUUUGCUGUAUAAUUAUGUUAAUAUAUGUAAAUAGUAAGGAAAUAUAUUCUGCUUAAAUGUUGAGUUGUUAUGAGAAUAGUACAAAUGUCGGCAACACAGCCGCGCAAAAUAUUUAAAGUUGAUCUUCAAACGAAAAGUUUGGUCUGUUGUCACUUUUGGACCAGGGCCAAACUACUGAGGUCCGCUCCUUGCCCAGAAAGGACUCAGCCAAAAAGAACGGGUACCAACCAACUAAAAUGCACAUAAAAAAAUGAUCAUUUUUGGAAAUAUAACUAUACCUUAGAUAUUUUAGCUGCUGCUGCCAUAUCAGUAUUAAAAUAUAUUAGUUACAAGUUAUGAUAUGUAAUAUAUUA